AUGGACCACUUCCUCGGCACACUGGAAGAUGUAUUCGGGUACCUGAGGGAUCGGCACCUGGGCGAUGACGAGCAAAUUGACAAGCUUCAGUUCGGAGUUGGGAACAAACUCGAGCAGCGUGUUUGCGAUAAUGUCAAACUCGUCAAGGAUUCGCCUUUCGUGCGUGAGGAGCUCAAGGCUCGCACGAAGGGACUGAUUUACGACAUCAAGACGGGUGUGCUUACGGAGCUCCAGUAA